CUCGGCGGCGACCCGAGAGAGCUGACGGACAGGCGAGCGGAGCGGAGCCGAGCGGAGCCGAGCGGAGCGAGCGGAGCGAGCGAGCCGAGAGCUGAGAGCGCAGCGCCAGGCGACGCGGAGCCGUGAGCGACAUGGGGGACCGAGAGCAGCUGCUGCAGCGGGCGCGGCUGGCCGAGCAGGCGGAGCGCUACGACGACAUGGCCUCCGCCAUGAAGGCGGUGACAGAGCUGAAUGAACCUCUCUCCAAUGAAGAUCGAAACCUCCUCUCUGUGGCCUACAAGAAUGUGGUUGGUGCCAGGCGGUCUUCUUGGAGGGUCAUUAGUAGCAUUGAGCAGAAAACCAUGGCUGACGGCAAUGAAAAGAAGCUGGAGAAAGUGAAAGCCUACCGGGAGAAGAUUGAGAAGGAGCUGGAGACGGUUUGCAGCGAUGUCCUGGCUCUGCUUGACAAGUUCCUCAUCAAGAACUGCAAUGAUUUCCAGUACGAGAGCAAGGUGUUCUACCUGAAGAUGAAGGGCGAUUACUACCGCUACUUGGCAGAGGUGGCCUCUGGGGAGAAGAAAAAUGGUGUGGUGGAAGCUUCUGAGGCAGCCUACAAGGAGGCCUUUGAGAUCAGCAAGGAGCACAUGCAGCCCACACACCCCAUCCGGCUGGGCCUGGCCCUCAACUUCUCCGUGUUCUACUACGAGAUCCAGAACGCGCCCGAGCAGGCCUGCCUCUUAGCCAAACAAGCCUUCGACGACGCCAUAGCUGAGCUGGACACGUUAAACGAGGAUUCCUAUAAGGACUCCACGCUCAUCAUGCAGCUGCUGCGAGACAACCUCACCCUGUGGACGAGCGACCAGCAGGACGAGGAAGCAGGAGAAGGCAACUGAAGGCCUCCCCCGCCCCGGCCCUCCCCCACCCUCUCCCCUCAUCACUGAUUCUUCUUCGCCACCAUCACUCAGUAUCUAGUGCUAAACCUAUCUGUCUCGCAGCACAGCUACUCAGAGCUGCUCUCCCAUCCCUUGGGAAGCAGUUUCACAUAAGCCUUGGGCAUUGCUGGACUGACAGUGGCUUCGAGCCCACAGGAGCUCCCUUUUGGAAUCGUGCAGAGAAGUGUAUUCUGAAUGAGGCAUUUUACUAUGCCUGUUGAUCUGUGGAAAAUCCAGGCGAAAGCAAUUGAGUGUAGAAAGGAGAACUAGCCAGCACAGGCUGUGGUUGAUAUUUAAAACAAGCUGAUAGUAUUUCGUUAAGCAGUACAUCUUGUGCAUGCAAAAAUGAAUUCAACGCCCCCAACCUCUUUCUUCAGCUAAUGGAAAACUGUUAAGGGAAGCUGAUACAGAGACCACGCGCUCCUUUCCAUCGCUUUAUAAUAAACUGUAACGUGAGGUUUCAGUAGCGCCUUGUUUUGCCUCUAAAUUAUGACGUGCACAAACCUUCUUUUCAAUGCAAUGCGUCGAAAGUUUUGAUACGUGUAACUUUUUUUUUUUUAGUUGCAGUUGUUUUAAGAAUCAUGAGUUUAUUUUUUGUAACUCUUUGGCUAUUGUCCUUGUGUAUCCUGACAGCACAUGUGUCAGCCCAUGUCAAUCAAGAUGGGUGUUUAUGAAAUGCCAGACUUCUAAAAUAAAUGUUUUGGAAUUCAAAGGGUAAAUAAAUGCUCCUUUGGGGAUA